CCAAUGGUUGUCGUUUUCAGCAAAAUAUUUCAUUGCAGUGAUUCGCUGAUUGUGAUAUCAAGGGGCGAGUGUUUGAUGUCAUCGUGUUCAACGUGAAUAAAUCUUGUCAAAACACCCCAGGAUAAAAACAAAUAAUAAGAAAUGUCUGGAAUGCGGAUGAAAGCGGCGAAGUGUCCAUCGGAUGAGCUAGCCAUCACAAACUGUGCUCUCAUCCAUCCAGAUGACUUCCCCAGUGAUGUCAAGCAUAUUGAAGUUGCAACUGGGUCAGCACAGCACUUUGUAUUCAGCAUUCGGUUCUACAGUGGGAUAGACCGUGGCACCGUUGGAUUCUCUGCACCACAGAGAAAAUGGGCUACACUUUCAAUUGGGCAGAUUAUCGACGUGAAGCCUUUCAAGGCGCAGAAUGCGGAAUGCCUGUGCAGCAUUGCUGUGGAGGCAGACUUCAUGCUGAAGAAAACCACCUCCCUGGACCCUUACGACUCGGAAGCCAUGGCGCGAGACUUCCUCAUCCAGUUCUCCAACCAGAUCUUCACCGUGGGGCAGCAGCUCGCCUUCUCUUUCCAAGACAAAAAAGUUCUCAGCCUGGUCGUCAAGAAUGUAGAAGCGGUAGACGUGCAAGCCAUGGCCCAGGGCGCGAAGGUGGUCCCGCGCCGCGUGCGCAUGGGCCGCUUGUUGCCCGAUGCGACCGUACAGUUCGACAAGGCCGAAAAUUCCUCACUCAACCUCGUUGGAAAGGCUAAAGGGAAGCAACCGCGCCAGUCGAUCAUCAACCCUGAUUGGGACUUCGGCAAGAUGGGCAUCGGUGGUCUGGACAAGGAGUUUAACGCCAUCUUCCGGCGAGCCUUCGCUUCCCGAGUGUUCCCGCCUGAGGUCGUUGAACAACUAGGUUGCAAGCACGUAAAGGGCAUCCUCCUCUUCGGCCCGCCCGGCACAGGGAAAACGUUGAUGGCUCGACAGAUCGGCAAUAUGCUGAACGCGCGCGAGCCCAAGAUCGUGAACGGCCCUCAGAUCCUCGACAAGUACGUCGGCGAGAGCGAGGCCAAUAUUAGGCGAUUGUUCGCUGAUGCUGAGGAGGAAGAGAAGAGGUGUGGACCAAACAGCGGUCUCCACAUCAUAAUCUUCGACGAAAUCGACGCUAUUUGCAAAGCCCGAGGCUCCGUCGGCGGAAACACUGGUGUCCAUGAUACUGUCGUCAAUCAACUGCUGUCUAAGAUUGAUGGCGUGGACCAACUGAACAAUAUCCUUGUGAUCGGAAUGACGAAUCGUCGCGACAUGAUCGACGAGGCUCUACUCCGACCGGGCAGGUUGGAAGUCCAGAUGGAAAUAGGCCUCCCCGACGAACAAGGCCGCGUGCAGAUCCUCAACAUCCAUACUAAGAGGAUGAAGGAGUAUAAGAAGAUCGCUGAUGACGUCGACCCCAAGGAGCUGGCAGCACUAACAAAGAACUUCUCAGGCGCCGAGUUGGAAGGUCUUGUUCGCGCCGCUCAGUCCACGGCUAUGAACCGGCUGAUCAAGGCUUCGAGUAAAGUGGAGGUGGACCCUGAAGCUAUGGAGAAGCUGAUGGUGGAGCGAGGGGACUUCUUGCACGCGCUCGAGAAUGACAUCAAGCCGGCCUUCGGUACAGCAGCAGAAGCCUUGGAGCACUUCCUGGCUCGAGGCGUCAUCAACUGGGGCACCCCGGUGUCUUCCAUCUUGGAAGAUGGACAGCUGUACAUACAACAGGCACGCGCUACUGAGGCUAGCGGUCUAGUGUCGGUGCUUCUGGAAGGCCCUCCCAACAGCGGCAAAACAGCGCUGGCGGCGCAACUCGCCAAGUUGUCGGACUUCCCCUUCGUGAAGGUGUGCUCGCCCGAAGACAUGAUCGGAUUCACUGAGUCUGCCAAAUGCUUGCAGAUCCGGAAGUACUUCGAUGACGCGUACCGCUCGACUCUAUCAUGCAUUCUCGUGGACAAUAUUGAGCGUCUACUGGACUACGGCCCCAUCGGCCCGCGGUACUCCAACCUGACGCUGCAAGCGUUGUUGGUGCUACUCAAGAAGCAACCGCCUAAGGGCAGGAAGCUGCUUAUACUGUGUACUAGCAGUCGGAGACAAGUGCUGGAGGACAUGGAAGUACUGUCAGCGUUCACGGGCGUGCUCCACGUGCCCAACCUGUCGCAGCCCGAGCACGUGAUGGCCGUGUUGGAGGAGAGCGACUGCUUCUCGAAGCGCGACCUCGCCAAGAUACAGCACGAGCUGCGCGGCGCCAAAAUUUUCGUCGGCAUCAAGAAACUGUUGGCGCUGGUGGACAUGGUGAAGCAGACAGACGAGGAGUACCGGGUGUUCAAGUUCCUCACCAAGAUGCAGGAGGAGGGCGGGCUCGACCUCGGCACCACCGUACAAUAAGACUCACCCCAACCUUAGGGAUUACACGCGCAUACCACACACACGCCCUCACCAGAACACACUAAUGCACAUAUCUUACCAUCUAAAUCUAAUAGCACCAAAGUAACAGAAUGCACGCCCUGUAACUCCGAUCUGAAGAGCUUCGAGAUCGACUACGAUGACGUCAGCGAGUGUACCGAACCUGUAGACAAGAAACUCAGAACGGCUAAAGGCAACGAGGUGUCUCCAGCCAAGAUGCCGCUCAUGAGGAUACGCAGCGUCGAAAUUGUGUUCGAAGAUGAAAUGUCCACUUGUACGGACACCGGCUUGCUGGAUCGGAGCAUCGAACUCAUUGUUACUGACAGUAGCGAUGACUCCACCAAGUGCGUGGACGAUACUGAAAACUUGCAGGUUGAAAAAGACAACGACUCCGUUACACUCAACGCGGAAGGUGAUUUAUCAGAUGACAAUUCAGUGUCUCUGUCCAAAGAUGAGGCACCUCAGGAAGUUGCGGAAGUCGAAACCCCGCAAAGCUAUCAGGAUGACAGUACUCAAGUACAUAGCGAUAUCACUUUACCAGCGGACGACGCUACCACAUCACUGAACAUGUCUGAAACAGGCGACUCUGGUCGCUUCACAGAAGAAGCCAGCUCAUCUCAUUUCGAAACUGUGCCCAUAUCAUACGAAGACGCUUUGCUUUCACACUCAUUCGACGCAAUCAACGUGGAGAACACAACUGCACUGAGUAUGUGCGAGAUAUCCGACGUCAUUAUAGCAGAUGAAUACAAAUCUAGACUGUUUGAGUACAUCGACAGUAACAGUGAUAGCUCGGACAGUACGGCCGUAUGUGAUGUCGAAUUUUCUCAGAUCCAUAACUUGAUGCCCCUACCUAACACCGUAGCGGGUACCGACGCUGAUCAGGUGUGCGAAAGUUCAGACCUACAGUACGAUUCUUUCGUAGACAUGGGAAAGUUUUAACAAUUUUAAACACUUUUAGUAUAACGUUAUAUGCAAUAAAUAAUACGUAUUACAUAUGCUUAUGUGGAUAUGUUAAACUGAUAUAUCAAUAAAAGUUGUAUGAUACAAGUUGCGAGGAUAUUUAAAAGUAUAUUUUAAUGUUUAAUUUGUUAUGAAAAGAGGAUGCUGUGUUUAUAUGAAAUAUAAUAGGAACAAAUACAUUCCGACUUUGUUAUGUGUACCACUACAUCCUGUUUUUAUAUGGCAGUAUAGUGAGUUUAAAUGUGAGCUAUUCUGACACCCUUUAUACCUUACACAGCUUUAUGCACAGAGGGGGCUCGGUGGUAUGCGGCUCCGUGACCAUGUCAUAUCUAGUGGAGGACCUUAGCGAAUUCUGUAUAGACUUUAUGUAAAUAAUACUGUCCUGGCCAUAGGAUUAGACAUUGCACGUGUUAUGUUUCAGUGUAUGACAUGGUUACAGAAAUCCCGGGGUUGUAUGUCUAGGCAAUAGCUCAAUCUCUAGUGUAUUAUAUUUGUUUUUGAAGAGCAAUUUUUAUUUAUUUCAAUUUGUUAAUGAAAUGUGAUACAGCUUGAUGCUGUCGUUUUUGUUAAUAGGUAUUUUGAUGAUUGUUUACUAUUAUUGAAUAGUUAUUUAAGAGAAUGAUGUCAAUAUUAUAGGAAAUAUUAUAAUUAUAGUAUUAUGAACCGUUCAACCAUUGUUGUUAUAUAGUAGAGGUAGGACCUUUACGAAGCUUUUGACUUUGGGGACAUUAGCGUUGAUGAGUACAAGGAGACAUAGCUACGAUAAGCUUUAGAUGUUCUACUUACACGCACAUCUAGUAAAGCCACAGUCAAUUACUGAGCACUAUAUGGCUUCCUUACACGAUAUCUUAAUAAGUACGUUCAUCAUAAACUAAGUACUUAGGUAUUAGUGAUCAUCAUGGGAACUCAUUACCGUAACAAAAGAUGUGCGUUAAAAAGCAAUAAUGAUAAAUUAAUAAUUGGUUCAGAUGAAAUUAAUAAUGCCAACAAAUGUAUUAUGUUUAUAAAUGUUUAAAGUAAUAAGAGUAAUGUUUCAAGUGCUUGCAUUGGAUGGUGUUAUCUGAGACAUGACGGACUAAUAAUUAUAAUAAAAAAACAUGUGUUAAUAUUCUAUUGUUGCUAUUUACUGAAGCUGUGUUACUGUUGUUAACUCUUGACUUUGAGUUACUUGCAUUAUACUUGUUGUAUAGCUUUAAAUACUGGAGUGUUACUUACAAACCUCAAUGGUAUUAAUAUAAAUUGAGAAAAACAAUAAUGAAAUGUAUCAUGUCAUAAAAAUAUAGGUUUGAGUAUGAUAAUAAAUGGAUUUAUGUAACCUUCCAGUAUUUGUGUAGUAUGUUACACAUUCCAGUCAUAUUUAUAAAAAAUCUCAUCUAUUGAUAGAAAAUUAUAAUCUGAAAUAAGUUUAUCGAAUUUUAUUCUAUCUGCUUUUAGAACAUGAACUAGCCAUGUCAUGUAGUUGGAUGUUGAAUUUUAUCUAUUUAAUAACAUUUUCUUCUAUGAGUGUAUAGUAUGAAAAGAUUAUGUGGAUAAUGCAAUUGUCAAGUUGACUAAGCUUGUCUGGUGUUUGUGGCUAGUAAUAUAAAUGUUGAAUGACAAUUGUGUAGUUAUUCACCCCAAAGAAUGUACCAUGUGGUGAAUUCAGGGAAACAUAUAACUGAGAAUACACCCAAUGCUAAGGAAAAGGCAAAAUGUAAUUUACUUAGCUCAGGGUAAAUUCUCAGAAUAAACAUUUCCCUGAAUUCAGCUUAGGGUGGAUUUUGGGGAUGACAAAUUAGACUAGCCAGAAUUGUGGAACAAUUUGGUAUAAAUCCAACUUGCUACGUUUUGAAGAUUAAGAUAGAUUAGAGUAGCUAAUCCUAUAUCUACAUGGCCUACCUAAGUCUGUUACAUACUUUAUGACUGGCAUAAUCUAGCGGGAUUAUGGCCUGUAUUUAUAUUGAUAGCCACAGAGACCCUGUGCUCGUCUGGAAACUUACUUACUUACCUGUUGAAGAUUAAAAGUGAUUGACACA